AUGACCUCGCCGGGCCUUCAGGAGCUGAAACCCGUUCUGGAAACCCUCCCGGAAACGGAUGAGCUCUUCGAUAAGUGCCUUGAGCUCGGGCUGGUGAUGCAUCGCCCGCCGGGCGUCGUCAGCCACGUUGGGAUGUCGCUCAUCCCGUAUCGGAUGCGGCGCGACGUCCUCCAGGAGCUCUUUCGACGGCAAACACUCUGGAAUGAAGCGGUGGAUCGCACCGCGAGGGAUUUCUCUUUUCUCCAUCGCGCGCUCCGCUCCGUGAGCACGACGGAUACGAAGUUCACCGGCCGUCUGGUGCGCCUUCUCGAGGAGGUCUACCUCGAUGACGAGCCCGUCGCCGCGGGGAGGCCAAAAAAAGUGUAUCAGAAGCUCAUGCUUGGAAUCCUUCGCUCGGAUUACAUGCACGCAAUCGACGAGGAGGGGGAGGGGGACCGCGUUGAGCGGUGGAAACAUGUGGAGAUUAACACGAUCAGCUGCUCCUUCGCUGGGCUCGCACCCCUCGUAGGGGAUUUUCAUGAUUAUCUCCGCCUCCAUCGCGGGGUUCUUCGCGGCGGCAACGGUGAUGAAAAAGAGGCUGGCAAGAUCGAACGGAGCACCUCAGGCGUGGCGAUCCCCGCCGCCCUCGCGCAGGCGGUGAGGGCAUGGAUGAAAUCCAUCCCGUUGGAGGAGUUUUCCCGCCGAUACGCUGCCAAGGAAGGGGGUGGGAAUCGCGACCUUCUCCCUGUCGUCCUUGUUGUCGCCCAGGAGGGCGAACGCAACGUCGCGGAUGUGCGCAAACUCCUCUUCGAGUUGCUAAACACCUACCGCAUUCCGAGCAUCCGUCGAACCCUCCGCGAACUCCACGAAUCGAUGGAGUUAAUCCCCUCUCACGAGGCGAAUCCACCUUUCGCGGUGGUGGAGAAACACUACGUGGCGGCGGUGGUGUACUUUCGCAGCACCUAUAUCCCCGCCGACCUCCCGGACGACGCCGCGUGGCAAACGCGAACGGCUUUGGAGCGGUCGAACGCCAUCAAAUGCCCGAGCCUACCUUAUCACCUGAUGACGUUUAAAAAAAUCCAGCAACUCCUCUGCGAUCGCGCGGGCGUGCUCGCGCCGAUCGGUUUUGCCGGAAAUGAGGAAAAAGCGGCGACGCUUUCCGCGCAUUUCAUGCCGCAGUUCUCCCUCAACGUGGAGGAGUACCUCGAGGGGAAUCCGGAGGAAAUCAUACAGGCGGCGGUUGACCAUCCAGAGGAAUUCGUUCUGAAACCCCAGUUGGAGGGGGGGGGGAAUAUCUUCCACGGGGAGCAAAUGCAGCGGUUGUUGCGGGAUACACCUGUUGAAGACCCCGAGUACAUGCAUAUCCGAAAGGAGUACAUUCUUAUGCGGAAGAUCCACAGCCCGAAGGAAACCGCGGCUCUUUUUCGCGAGAAAACUAUCACCCCACUCGCGGAGGAUGCACUGUCGGAGCUGGGGAUCUACGGCGUCGUCCUCUCCAACGGGGAGGGGUUCGCGCUGAACGAGGCCGCUGGCUAUGUCAUACGCACGAAACCUGCGAGCACUCAGGAUGGCGGGGUGAUGGCGGGUAAUGCAUGUCUGAGCAGCCUGUUGGUUCUGUAA